AUGCUUAUCAAGAAAACCAAUCUCAUCAACCUAGAUACCAUACAAUUUUAUGAUAUCAAAUCUCAACAUCAAAACAUCUACAGUCCCAAUGCCACUAUUGCAACCUUAAAGAAAAAUGGUGAUCAUCAAAAAAAUGCCUCUCAAACUCAAAUAUUAUGUAAAAGGUUUGAAUACAAUCAAAUAGGAAACUACACUGUCAUCAAAGACUUAAAUCAAGCCGGAGGAAUUGCAGGAUUCAUUAUUCUUAAGGAUUAUGCUUUUUUAUUUAGUCAUUAUUAAAUCAACUUGGUCAAAGAAUGUCUUUUUUCGAGGAAUUAACAAUUGUGUGUUAUAAUCUCCUCAAAAUUCAUUUCCAUCUAUGAACUACAAAACUUGAAGUUGAUACAAAAUCAACAAAUAGAUUGGAGUUUCUACUAUAAAUCUGGAGCAAUUACUUCUGAUUCUCAGUAUUUAAUUGCGAACACUCAUGAGAGCACAAUUGUAUUGUAUAGCCUGAAAAAGCUAACAUAAAUCAUUACUAUCUACUAAUCAAAAGCAAAUUUUAGUUAGAUUUUUGUCUCAAGAACAAACAACGUAAUGUUUUCUACCAAGUUUGGAUCGCAUUAUGUUAAGAGAUGGCAAAUAAAGGAUGAUUAAAUUAAAAUGUAAACUUAAUUCUACCUUAAUCAGACUUACACUCUUCAUUAUGUGACAAAGCAUUACAUACUAGUAAGAAGACAAUUUAAAACUUUCGAAAGCAUGUACUGCAUCUUUUCUAAUUUAAAUAAGUAGAGAAAACUUAUUAGAACUAUCAAAUGCUCGUUUUUUGAGAAUUUGCAACUGGAUCCAAAUUGCGAAUCCAGGAUAUUGAUUGAUGAUGGGAAUAAGUUAGAAUUUUUAGCUCAAUACAAAUUUUAUUGCAUUUAAACUGGGCAUUUCAAGAGGGCCUCGUUAGAAUAUAACAAAUUGAUUUCAAAACCUAGUAUUGAGAUUUCCAAGAAUCAAAUGAAAGUUGAAUAUUAUUUGCAAGAAAGCUAAGAAUGA